GAACUUCUGGACAAGAUGCAAUCCGCCAUCCAGCGGCUGCCUGACCCGCAAACUGUGGAGGUCUUGUCUACGCUGCUGCAAUACAUCCGGCAGCUCAGCGAGACACUUUUCCAAGACAUUAAGGAGACCCAGGAGCUGAUUGAGAAGCCUCGCAAGCAGCCGCCCACCUGGCUGCGGCAAGCCUCUUCCUCUUCGGCCCAGACCGGGCGCCAUCGAAG